CUCCCGUUCAGACAAACAGGUCACGGGAGAAGACCCAAACUCCCCCCCACUCGUCCCUCCUCCUCACACUCCCCCCUCCCCCAAUAGCCGCGAUCAGCCCAGCCGUCCGUCCAAUCGCCACCUCCGCCCCCGUCGCCCUGGGAGACCCGGGAGGGGGGCGGCCGACCUUAGCCCCACGCGCCCCCCCUAACCCCCAAGUCGGCUCCCGACGCCGACGCAGACGACGCCGCACCCGCAGGCUAACGCCAGGGCUUAGCGUCAGCCUCUGCUGGUUCCGGUUCCGACUCUGGGUCCGGCUCCUCGGCAACAGUCGCCGUUGUCGUCAACGACAACAAAGUCGCCGUUGUCAACGUCUUCCACAAGAUGGCCGCUCUUGCCAGCUCACUAAUUCGUCAAAAACGGGAAGUGAAGGACCAGCAAGCCAACCGGCAGACCAACACCAAGCGCAAGCCAUGCCCCAAGGCCAACAAGUCUCUGUGCCAGAAGCAGAUCCUCAUACUAAUAUCCAAGGUCCGGCUAUGCGGCAGUCGAGGGCGAAAACUCGAGAAAAGACCGGAGCCCCAACUAAAAGGUAUAGUGACGCGGCUCUUCUGUCGUCAUGGCUACUACCUGCAGAUGCUCCCAAAUGGCACCAUGGACGGCACAAAGGACGAAAGCAGCUCCUACUUGCUGUUCAACUUGAUUCCAGUGGGGCUGCGAAUAGUGGCAAUCCAGAGCACAAAGACUAAGCUCUACGUCGCUAUGAACAGCGAGGGAUACAUAUACGCCUCGGAACACUUUACGCCGGAGUGCAAGUUCAAGGAGUGUGUGUUUGAGAACUACUACGUCACCUACUCCUCCAUCCUGUACCGGCAGACGCAGUCGGGCCGCGCCUGGUACAUCGGCAUCAACCGAGACGGGCAGGUGAUGAAGGGCAACCGCGUGAAGAAGACCAAGGGGGCUGCUCACUUCCUGCCCAAACUUAUAGAAGUGGCCAUGUACAGAGAGCCGUCGCUGCACGAGAUCGGGGAGCAGAGCCCGCCGCGGAAGACAGCCAAGACGUCCGACUCGCCCAGCAAAAAAGACACCAAGGACCCGCCCCCUCCCCCUGCCCCGCCCCCUCCUGCCAAACUGGCUGCGGCCGCAUCCUAGCGCAGGCCAAUAGGACAAUAGAGACAUUCGAGACAGACAUUGAUUGACACACAGGGGAAACCUAUUGUGUGGACAAAAUGGGUAGUCAGAUGGGGGCAAGAGCACAGGGCACACAGAAACACACACACACACACACACAAAAUACACACACACAUAAAAUAUACACACACACACACAUACACACACACACACACACACACACACACACACACACACACACACACACACACACACACAAAUACAUAUGUACACAUGGAAGCAAUCAGCAUGAACUCCAUGCCUCUGACUUCUGAGAACAAACUACGUUGCCCAUGAUUCAAUUUUGGGGCAAAGGGAUGGGGGGGAUGGGGGGGCGGGGGUCCUGUGGGGGCCAAACUUACAUUUAAGACGACACAGAGGAGUCAAGCCUGACCGAAGUCCAAUGAUUUCAGCCCUCUGCCUCACUACACUGCUGGCCCAGUCCAGUCCAGCCCCCCCACAACAAAAAGCCCCCCCACCUCCAAUAUACUUUUUUUUAUUGACGAGCAAUAACACAGAAGACUGCUGAAGGCGUGACAUGGGAGUGAUAUCAGUCCCAGCAAUUAUCUUCCCUCCCACGAGAAAGGACAGGAAUUUAACUUAGGCUAUUUUUUGUUGGGAGUGAUUAUUGUGUUUGUUUGCUUUUACUUUUUUUUUUUCCUCAGAAACCGCUGCUCAUAAAAAGCAAUA